GAAAAUCACACGUCUUAAAAAUCAACCAGAGAGAGCAGACCAAGAAAGCACUUCCUUUUCGUAUUGUUUUUCCGAAACAAACCAUCUCUCUUUGUAUCUUAGAUCGAAGGAGAAGGUUAAACGAAAAACAAAAAUGGCUGUUGGCAAAGAGGAGGUUGAAAUAGUGAAGCCAAGAACGGAUACUAGAGAGUAUAGAAGGAUCGUUCUCAAGAACUCUCUUAAGGUCCUUUUGAUCAGCGAUCCUGAAACCGAUAAGUGUGCUGCUUCCAUGAAUGUCAGUGUUGGCUCCUUCAGCGACCCCGUUGGCCUCGAAGGACUUGCCCAUUUCCUUGAGCAUAUGCUGUUUUAUGCUAGUGAGAAAUAUCCUUUGGAGGAUAGUUACUCGAAGUAUAUUACGGAGCAUGGAGGCAGCACCAAUGCUUUUACAUCUUCUAAGCACACCAACUAUUAUUUUGAUGUCAACACUGAUUGUUUUGAAGAUGCUUUGGACAGAUUUGCACAGUUCUUUAUUAAACCGUUAAUGUCUGCUGAUGCAACCAUGAGAGAAAUUAAGGCUGUUGAUUCUGAGAAUCAGAAAAAUUUAUUAUCUGAUGCUUGGAGAAUGAAUCAGCUUCAGAAACAUCUAAGUGACAAAGGACAUCCAUAUCAUAAAUUCAGUACAGGGAAUUGGGAUACUUUGGAAGUUCGACCAAAAGCAAAAGGAUUGGAUACAAGACACGAGCUUAUUAAAUUCUAUGAAGAACAUUAUUCAGCCAACCUUAUGCAUCUAGUUAUAUAUGCUAAGGAAAGCCUUGAUAAGAUUCAAAGUUUUGUCAAGGACAAGUUCCAGGAAAUAAGAAACAACGAUAGAAGCUGUUUGUCUUUUCCUGGCCAACCUUGCACAUCAGAACAUUUACAGAUACUUGUAAGAGCUGUCCCAAUAAAACAAGGUCACAAAUUGAAAAUCAUAUGGCCAAUAACCCCUGGCAUUCUUCACUACAAGGAAGGGCCAUGCAGGUACCUUGGCCAUCUUAUUGGCCAUGAAGGCGAAGGAUCUUUGUAUUUUGUCUUGAAAACUUUGGGAUGGGCAACUAGUUUGGCUGCUGGUGAAGGGGACUGGACUACGGAGUUUUCUUUUUUCAAAGUAUUAAUUGAUCUUACUGAUGCCGGUCAUGAGCACAUGCAGGAAAUCGUGGGGCUGCUAUUCAAAUACAUUCAUCUCUUGCAGCAAUCUGGCGUUUGCAAAUGGAUAUUUGAUGAGCUUACUGCUGUUUGCGAGACAGCAUUUCAUUAUCAAGAUAAAACCCCCCCAAUUGAUUACGUGGUCAAAAUUUCAUGCAAUAUGGGGAUGUAUCCUCCUAAAGACUGGCUGGUUGGAUCAUCCUUGCCUUCUAAUUUCAGUCCAAGCACAAUUCAAAUGAUAUUUGAUCAACUUUCUCCAGAAAAUGUCCGAAUCUUCUGGGAGUCAAAGAAGUUUGAAGGACAGACUGAGAUGGUAGAGCAAUGGUAUGGAACCGCUUAUAGUGUUGAGAAAAUCACCAGCUCCCUGAUUCAGGAGUGGAUGCUAUCUGCUCCUAAUGAAAACCUGCAUCUACCUGCACCUAAUGUGUUUAUCCCUACAGACUUAUCACUAAAGAAUGCUCAGGAGAAGCAGGUCAAAUUUCCAGUGCUUUUAAGAAAGUCGUCCUAUUCUUCUUUAUGGUUCAAGCCUGACACAAUGUUCUCUACACCGAAGGCUUAUGUUAAAAUCGAUUUCAGCUGUCCCCAUGGUGGCAUCUCUCCUGAGGCUAAAGUUCUAACUGGUCUGUUUACUCGGUUGGUAAUGGACUAUUUGAAUGAAUUCGCUUAUUAUGCAGAGGUUGCUGGUCUAUCUUAUGGCAUUACCAAUACAGACGGUGGUUUCCAGGUGACUGUGGUUGGUUACAAUCACAAACUGAGGAUCUUGUUGGAAACUGUUAUGGAAAAGAUUGCAAAAUUUGAAGUCAAUCCUGACAGGUUUCCUGUGAUCAAGGAAAUGGUGAUAAAGGAGUAUGAAAAUUUAAAGUUUCAGCAGCCAUAUCAACAGGCUAUGUACCAUUGCUCUUUAAUACUAGAGAAUCAAGGAUGGCCAUGGAUGGAACAAAUCGAAGUACUUCAUCGUCUUGAAGCUGAAGAUCUUUCUAAGUUUGUCCCAACGUUGCUGUCAAGAGCCUUCUUAGAGUGCUAUAUUGCAGGUAACAUUGAACGCAGUGAGGCAGAGAAAAUAAUUGAGCAUGUUGAAGAUGUCUUUUACAAGGGUUCAAACCCUAUUUGCCAAGCAUUAUUUCCAUCCCAGCAUUUGACCAAUAGAGUUAUCAAGCUUGAAAAGGGAAAGAAUUAUCUCUAUCCAAUUGAAGGCUUGAAUCCCAGUGAUGAGAACUCUGCUUUGGUGCAUUAUAUUCAGGUGCAUCGAGAUGAUUUUAUGCUGAAUGUGAAACUUCAACUUUUUGCUUUAAUUGCAAAGCAACCAGCUUUCCACCAGCUUAGGUCGGUUGAACAACUUGGAUAUAUUACCGUGCUUAUGCCAAGGAAUGAUUCUGGUAUUUGUGGCGUACAAUUCAUUAUCCAAUCAACGGUGAAGGGUCCUGGACAAAUUGAUUUGAGAGUGGAGGCAUUCCUCAAAAUGUUCGAAACUAAACUCUAUGAGAUGACAAAUGAUGAAUUCAAGAAUAAUGUUAAUGCUUUGAUUGAUAUGAAACUUGAGAAGCACAAGAAUUUAAGGGAAGAAUCUAGAUUUUACUGGCGAGAGAUUGAUGAUGGCACCCUAAAAUUUGAUAGGAGAGACUCUGAGGUGGCGGCAUUAAGGCAACUUACGCAGAAAGAAUUUAUAGAGUUCUUCAAUGAGAAUAUAAAAGUUGGUGCACCUCAGAAGAGGACAUUGAGCGUUCGUGUUUAUGGUGGCCUACAUUCAUCGGAGUACACAUCAGAUAAAAGUGAAGCAGUUCCACCCAACUCAGUUCAAAUAGAUGAUAUUUUCAGUUUCAAAAGAUCGCAACCUCUUUAUGGUUCAUUCAAAGGAGGUUUUGGUCAUGUGAAGUUGUAAAAUUGAAACUAGUAAUGAAGAUCGGUCAUCAAUAUAGGUAACUGGGAAACAGAACUUUUCUUCUUCUCGACUUGCACAAACUGGUUCUGCAGACGAGCUUUUCACAACCCGAUGCAGAACAAGCCAAGAAUGUGGGGGCAAAGAAACCAUUUUCCAAAGAGGACAGGAUAACUGGAGCAAGCUUUUUGGCGUGGCUAACAGAGAUCUUAACUUUUUGGUGCUUAACCUUUGCAUCAUGUUGUAACUUCUAGUUGUGUAAUGCUUUUUAAAAUUAGUUAUUUUUACAUCCCUCUCCAAUUAAAUCUUCAAUAAGACCAUUGGAAUUAAUAUACCUCUGUAUCAAUUGGACAAAUAAAAUGUGGUUUAGGAUUUUGCUAUAAAAUAUAAUCUCGUUUUCAGGAUA